AUGAUGGCAGAGGGGGUUAAUAAUAAUAGUGGUCAUAAUAAUGAUCACCUUUCCGGAAACGAAUAUGAGAUACUGGAACAGGGGUCUAUAUCAAAUGUUCAAGUUGAAUCUAUAUCAAGAUUUCUAUCGGAAUGCCCGGAAGCAGCUUUAAGUGUACACAAGUUUCUGCAAACAAAUUAUUUCAAGUCAAAUCAGCAACAGCAAAUAGUGCAACCAGUGAAUUCAACUCCCAAGAGUGGGCAUCCACUAGACGAAAGUGGAAGCUCGAUCAACAGUGGAAGGGGCCAUCGUAAAUAUCCUCAAAAAGGUAUCGCCAGCAACGCAAAUAAGCAAUCGCAACAUGUACAACAGGAGAUUAAUUUACAACCACAACAACCAUCGUCAUCAACGUCGUCAGGUGAAAGACAACAACAAUAA